GCGCCUCGCCUGGCUGUGCCGCUGACGCCUCGUCCGAACGCUCCACCGGCGCCUCACCUCGUGGCAUCAUGGCGUUGCCGGGCGGCGCGCUCUGCCUGCUGGCUCUCCCCGGCCUGGCCGUGCUGGUGCGCUGUCCAAACGAUCCGCGCUCGCGGCUUCGUGCGAUUUGGCCCGGCCGACUCGGCGGCGUCCGGCUCCGUGGCGGAGAACCUGAAGGUCGCGAUGGUGGGCGAGUGCGCGGCGCGCACGCUCUACCACAAUUACCGAGGCUUCAACUUCAACCGCGCGCCGGACGGCAACGGCUUGCACGACUGCCAAGUGACUAACGCCUACCCGGGCUGCUACACGCACACGUGGCAGGCGCGCGGCGGCUGGGACUUCUACUACGGCGGCUACGCGGGGCAGGACGAAGUGCGCUCCUCGCGGCACUCCUACUACGGCAUGAACACGGAGUCCUACCCGAACGACUUCCCGCCGACGCUGUCGAUAGAGGACCCCUAUCGCCGAUGGGGGGCCGACUGCAACCGGCCGACGAACGCCGCCGAGCGCGAAUGUAGUCGCUACGUGCUCACCGGCCUGUACAACGACGCUGCAACGUUUGACGACAUGGACCGCAUCCGCUGCUACAGCUACGGCGAGGAGUUCCGCGUGUCGCAGCAGGUCGCCACCGUGGUGGACGUGGCGCUCCGUUGGCACCCCAGCGAGCACCAGUGUCCGCAGCACCAGGUGGUGACGGCGCUCAGCGAUACCAGCGACUACGACCACAGCUCCGUCGACCUGAUGAAGUGUAACCUGCUGCUGAGCAACUGGCGCGUCAACUAUGACGAAUGCAGCACUCAAGACCCGUCCAGCUCCGGCAGCGGGCCCUCUGGCGACAACGACAACUGGCACGUGGACACGCCGACAGACCAGAUCUGGGCGGUGGUUGGGCUCUGGCGCGUGAACAGGCUGUACAAGGGCUUCAAAAGCUGCCGGCUGUACCGCAUCGCCUAGGCGGCGGGAGGGCGUGGUGCGGGGCACCUCGGGACAUGCACAGGCCCUCCCAGCAGAUGCCUUGUCCGGGGAUGUCGCGGGGCACGGGAGGGGUGUUCACUUUGGUGGCGGCGUGUGGGCGAUGAACCGUUUGGUUGCCGAUCGUCUGGCACAAGCACACUGUGUGAUUUUGGAUAGUUAAUGUACAAUUGUAGGCGUGGGAUUGCAUCUCGCUGGAAUGCUUCGGCCGGGUGCUCGUGGAAUACAUCGGACCCGAUCGA